AUGGGCUUCAAUUUCACUAGGAGGCAGUGGUUGACUGUUAUCGUCAUAUCCGCUGCAGAUUUCUGCAACGCUAUCUGUGUUGCCCUGCAGGCACCAUUUUUUCCGCAUGAGGCUGAACUAAAAGGCUGUUCAGCAACUGAAUAUGGCCUGGUCUUCGGGAUAUUUGAGCUGGUGGUGUUCAUCAUUAGUCCUUUUUACGGCGCUCACCUGAACAAGCUGGGCCCAAAAUUGGUUUUCAAUACCGGCAUUUUAACAACCUCCACAUGCGCUAUAUUAUUCGGGUUGCUGGACAAAGUUGAAGGUCAUAUCCUAUUCGUGACGCUGGCUUUCAUUAUACGAAUAGUUGAAGCUUUAGGAAACGCUGCUUUCCUUACAGCGUCUUUCGCUAUCAUAGCCAAGGAAUUCCCUAACAAUGUUGCUACUAUGUUUGCUUCUUUGGAAACAUUCUUUGGACUCGGUUUGAUCGUUGGUCCUUUGGUCGGUGGAGCAUUAUACAGUGUAGGAGGAUACUAUCUCCCGUUUGCAGUUUUGGGCUUCAUACUUUUCCUAACUGCCAUACUCUGCUACCUCACUUUACCCAAUACACCUGACGAUGAAGACAUAAGGCCGACUGGACCCACAAUGAUAUCACUGCUCAAGAUUCCUGGAGUAUUUUUAACAGCGAUAACAAUAACCUCCACAAGUUUGAGUCUUGGUUUCCUUCAGGCAACGCUCGAGCCUCACUUGAGACAGUUUGAAUUCUCGCCGAUAAUCUUGGGUUUAAUCUUCAUUAUCAACGGUGGUCUGUACGCGGUGUCAGCUCCCGGCUGGGGCUGGCUCUGUGACCAUCCCUCGAUAAAACCAAAAUACAUUACCGUGGUUGGACACAUGUUUGUGAUUGGAGCCUUUCUAAUCGUUGGACCAGCGCCCUUUAUGGAAAUUCCAACGUUAUUAUGGAUGACAAUACUCGGACUUGUUCUUCACGGACUCGGCCUGGGUAGUUUACUAGUGUCUUCGUUCUCCGACGCCCUCGGAACUGCUAUUUCAAAUGGUCUCCCAAAUUCAAUAGAGACCUACGGCCUGGUCUCAGGCAUGUGGACCUCCACGUUUGCGUUGGGCGCCUUCAUUGGACCCACUGUAUCCGGACUAUUAUUCGAUUCCAUUGGCUUCAGGAAUUCUACGCAGUUUGUGGUUAUUCUUCAUUUGUGCGUUAUGGUAGCAGUGUUCCUGUUCCUGUUCUCAUGUGAUCGCUCCAAAAUGGAGGUGUCAGUAUCAGCUGGUGACCUGGUGCAGCUAGAUGGAACUCUCGAUGAGAGUGUUCUCAUAGGAGAGAAGUUUAUGCAACCAGCUACUAGAACAAAGAGUCGUCGUUAUGGUAUAAGCGUGGAACAGUCUCGCCCGCCAGCGAUGAACAGUCUCAUAGCUUGCUCCAGUUACAAGAAUCGUCGAAGUCCUUGGAGCCAGCGUACACCUCGAUAUAGACCUUCAUACGGCAGCCUGGAUCAUCGUUUCAGAGCAUCUCUCUCCGUAACAUAA